GACGUCAGUUCCUUUGAAAAGGUGUGCCGUUCAACGAAAACCUCUCAGCAGACAUUUAGGAGGCAGUUUGUGCUUGAAGACGGUGAAAAGAGCUGACACAACACAACACAACACAACACAACACAACACAACACAACACAAACAUGGAUCUGAAGCUGCUUUUCUCUCUUCUGCUCGCUUUGUGUUGGUUUUCAGCCACAACAUCCUCACCUGAGCGUCGAGGGUUUAUUGGACAGAUUGGCCAAGACAAGUCUGUAGUUCUCGAUAAGACAGCGUCUGAUACCCUGAAGAGCCCACUCACCACCGUCUUCUUCCCACUCCUUUACAUAGUGGUGUUUGUGGUGGGACUCCCAGCAAACGGGAUGGCUGUGUGGGUCUUCCUGUUCAGGACGAAGAAGAAGUACCCAUCGUCCAUCUACAUGGCCAACCUGGCUCUGGCUGAUUUGCUUUUUGUCAUCUGGCUCCCUCUAAAGAUUUCAUACCACGUUAACGGCAACAACUGGACUUACGGGGAGCCGCUGUGCAAAGUCCUGAUGAGCUUUUUCUACGGGAACAUGUACUGUUCGAUCCUGUUCAUCGCCUGCCUCAGUGUGCAGAGGUACUGGGUCGUGGCACACCCCAUGUCUGUGCAGAGGAAGAACAACAAGAUUGCUGUUGGUGUCACAGUGGCCAUCUGGGCGUUCAUUUGGCUCUCUACUACUCCUCUGUACUUGUAUGAUCACACGGCCAAGAUCAGAGAUCCCAACAUAACCACCUGCCACGAUGUGAGCAUCAUACAGGACCUCACUGAUCCCUUCUCCUCCCAGUCCAUCCGACUCCCAUUCUUCUACUUCAUCUUCAUGGCUACCGUUGUUUUCUUCAUCCCUUGCAUAGUGAUCGUUGUGGCGUACAUCCGGUUACUCAAAGUUCUGGGUGAAGGCGGCCCGGAGGACAGUUCAUCAGGGAAGAACCGGCACAAAGUUGUGGUGUUAAUUGUGAUUGUCCUGGUGACGUUCCUCGUCUGUUUCCUACCCAGCAACAUCAUGCUUGUGAUGCAUUACGCUCUGUUAAAAGACGGAGUGGAAAAUAACGGGUAUGGGUUUUACAUUUCGACUCUGUGUCUGGCCAGUCUCAACAGCAUCCUGGACCCGUUCAUCUACUACUUUGUGUCUGACGACUUCAGAAACCACGUGAAGAACACCCUGCUGUGCCGCAGCAGCAGAACCGUGGAGAGGGAGAAGGUUUCCUCCAGUUCCAUGAAAUACUCCCAGAAGAAGAAGCUGUUGGUGUCCGGCUCAGGGACCACCGAGAGCAGCACCGUUUAGAUGGAAACAGCUGACUGAUGGCUUCUGGUGAUUUGAACUCACUGUGUUGUGUUGACAUGGUGCAACUGGGACAAAACCAGGCACAUUCAGCUUAUCAGAGAACCAACGAUAAACUUUAAAUGUGAAGAGGACUGCACUAUUUUCUUCAAUCAGACUGCAGCUUAUUCUGAGCUACUGGAUCGUUUGAGUUUGGACUGUGAACAUGUCGUACACUGUAAAGGAAUGGCUGUUAAAAACUGACAUGUUGGCUGGACACUGGUUCUGCUAAUUGUUUCUUCUUUACAAAAUUACACUUAGUUGUUUUCUGUCCAGAAGAUAAAAGAAACUAAAUCAGCACCGUCACAGUUUUUAAUGAAUUUAGGAAAUAUAAAAAUUAAGAAAAAGUA